AUGGCUUUCAAGUUUAUCCUCGCGGCGCUGUCCGCGACUGCGGCCCUCGCGCAACUCUCGGAGCCUGCCACCCAGUGCCGUGGCUACCGAGCGACCAAUGUUGUCCAAGGCGACUCUUACCUGUCCGCAGACCUCGUGCUGAUCGCCAACUGCAGCGUGUUCAGCAAGGAUGUAGAGAAGCUGAAGCUGCUCGUCGAAUAUCAGACCGACACCCGACUGCAUGUUUUGAUCGAGGAUGCCGACGAGCAGGUGUAUCAGAUCCAGGAUCGGGUGCUGCCGCGACCCAAGAGCCAGAACACCCCGGCCAACAAGGCGGCGCUGAAGUUCAACUUCACCCAGAAUCCUUUUACCUUUAAGGUGAUCCGGGCGUCAAACGGCGACAUUUUGUUCGACACUUCCAGCUCGCCGCUGAAUUUUGAGUCGCAGUAUGUCCGGCUCCGGACCAAUCUGCCGCAGAACCCGUACCUCUACGGGCUCGGCGAGCACUCGGACGACUUCCGCCUGCCGACCGUGGGCUACACGCGCACGCUCUGGAAUGCCGACGGGGCCUUCCUUCCCACCCGAUCCAACCUGUACGGGAGCCACCCGGUGUACUUUGAGCACCGCGGCAACUCAGGCACACACGGCGUGUUUCUGCUCAACGCCAACGGGAUGGAUGUCCGCAUCGACCAGACGGACUCGGGACAGCAGUAUCUGGAGUACAACACCCUGGGCGGCGUCCUCGACUUGUACUUCCUGGCCGGCCCCGAGCCCGCAUCCGUCAGCAAGCAGUAUGCCGAAGUCGUGGGUCUGCCCGCCGCGAUGCCCUACUGGACGUUUGGUUUCCACCAGUGCAAGUACGGCUGGCCGAACAUCGACCACGUCGCCGAAGUGGUGGCCAACUACUCGGCCGCCGGCAUCCCGCUGGAGACCGUCUGGGGGGACAUCGACUACAUGGACGCUCACCGCGAUUUCACCGUGGAUCCCAAUCGGUUUCCCCUGGAUAAGGUGCGUGCACUGGUCGACUCGCUGCACAGCAACAACCAGCACUACAUCCAGAUUCUCGACCCGGGAAUCAGCCGGAACGGUAGCUACGGCCCGUACGCCCGGGGCGAGCAGAAGGGCGCGUUCCUCCGCGUCGCCGAUGGCUCGGACUACCGCGGCAUGCAGUGGGCCGGCCAGGUCGUGUGGCCUGACUGGUUCUCCCCCGCCGCUCAAGACUGGUGGACGUCGGAAAUCCAAGCCUUUUACGACCCGAAGACCGGCAUCGACGUCGACGGCCUCUGGAACGACAUGAACGAGGUGUCGAACUUCUGCGGCGACACAAACUGCUUCAAUUCCCAAUCCACCGCCGCUUCACUCCCUCGGAGGCCUGUCUCGCGGUACACCCGCCGCGCCUCCCCCGCGCCCAAGCUCGGCCUCCCGGGCCGCGACCUCUUCAACCCGAAGUACCGCAUCAACAACCAUCUCGGUGCCAUCUACGCCAGCACGCUCUGGACCAACAUCACCAACGCCGACGGCUCCCGCCAGUACGACACGCACAACCUGUACGGCUCGAUGAUGGCGUCGGCGUCUCGCGCGGCCCUGCUGGCCCGGCGGCCGAACAAACGGCCAUUCGUGCUGACGCGGUCGUCGUUCGCGGGCGUGGGGCGCGCGGCGGCGCACUGGUUCGGCGACAACGCGUCGACGUGGGAGCACUACCGCACGUCGAUCCGGCAGAUGCUGGCGUUCGCGGCGAUGCACGCCGUGCCCAUGGUCGGCUCCGACGUGUGCGGCUUCAACGGCGUCGCCGAGCAGUACAUGUGCGCCCGCUGGGCCCUGCUCGGCGCCUUCCAGCCCUUCUACCGCAACCACGCCGACAUCACCGCCCCCGACCAGGAGUUCUACCGCUGGCCCAUCGUCGCCGCCGCCGCGCGCAAGGCCAUCGAUGUGCGCUACCGCUUGCUGGACUACAUAUAUACCGCCGUGUGGCGGGCCAGCGUUGACGGCACGCCGGCGAUCAACCCGCUGUGGUUCUGGUACCCCGGCGAUGAGGCGACGUGGACGGUGCAGACGCAGUGGGGGCUGGGAGACUCGCUGCUGAUCAGCCCGGUCGUGGACGAGAAUAGCACGUCGGUGACCUUCUAUCUGCCGAAGGAUGUGUGGUACGACUUCUGGACUGGGGAGAAGGUGGUGAGCGCCGGAGAGACGAAGACGAUGGGCACGCUCGACUUCACCGAUAUCCCGGUGCAUAUCCGGGGUGGCAGCAUCUUGGCCCUGCGGUCGAAGUCGGCCAACACCACGGCAGAGCUGCGCAAACAGAACUUUGCCCUCACGGUGGCGCCGGGCUCGGAUGGCACUGCCAAGGGGUUCCUGUACCUCGAUGACGGCGAGAGCUUGGACGUCGGCAACGCCAAGUCCGAGAUCACCUUCAAGUGGGAUGGAUCGGUUCUCACGGCCGAGGGCACAUUCGGGUAUCACACCGACCUCGUGAUCGAGAGCGUGACGGUGCUCGGGCAGGGGGAGGCGAAGAAGGCCCUGGCGAAACCUUUGAGCUUGAGCAAGGGAUUUACAUUUCGCCCUUAG